UAUUUUUAUUAUUGAAUGAUCUUCUGUCACGUUCCAGAAUGUGAUGAAUACAGCCGCGGUGUGACAGAGACCGUCGGCUUCAUUCCGUUACUGACAGAGCCGGAGACCAUGUCCAUAUCGGCUCCUAAGUGCAACUACGAGAGGAUUGAACUGAUCGUUGGUGGAGAGGAUGCAAACCAAGGAGAGUUUCCGCACAUGGCGGCCAUAGGCUGGGUGGAUGUUGAAGGAAACUACGCCUUCCAGUGUGGAGGCAGCCUGAUCAGCUCCCGUUUCGUGCUGAGUGCUGGUCACUGUAGCAAGAACCCUCGAAUGAAGGAGAAAAAACCCGCCAUCGUCAGACUUGGUGACCAGAAUCUAGACCCAUCAGUCAGCGAUGGAGCUAGUCCUCUUGAUGUACCGAUAAAGACAGUCCACAAGCACCCUCUAUACAAGUCACCCGGCAAGUACAACGACAUCGCGCUCUUCGAGCUGAACAGUGACGUCGAUUUCGAAGCCGCCAUCCGUCCAGCUUGCCUCUGGACCAAGCCCGAUUUCCCCGGACACACCAAGGCGGUUGCGACAGGCUGGGGUGUCACCACCUCAAAAAGAGGCGCCGUGGGCUCCAAUGAACUGCAGAAGGUGUCUCUCUCGCUCUUAGAGAACGAUUACUGCGACGUCUUGCUCAACGACACACACAACAGACACUGGUCGGGCUUCGUCCCCUCCCAGAUGUGCGCCGGUGAGCUUCGAGGUGGGAAGGACACUUGUCAAGGUGACUCCGGCUCCCCGCUUCAAGUUGCCUCCCUGAACAACAAGUGCGUCUUCCACAUAGUCGGGAUCACCUCGUUCGGACGUCGCUGCGCUGAGUCGGGCAAACCCGCGGUAUACACCAGAGUGUCUGAAUACUUGGAUUGGAUAGAAGCCAUCGUGUGGCCUGGAGAGUAAUAAAUAUGUUACUAUUUAAA